AGUAAAUUUAGGUUUCUGUAGUAAAAACAGCAUGUCAGUCACAACACCACGGGUUUGAUUGUUUUGAUGGUAUAUAUGAAAAGAUUAAAUGUAUACUGUACCUCGAAUACAAUGUAAGCUACUGUGGAUAAAAGUAUCAGGGAAAUGAAUAAAUAUAAUGUAAAAUACAGAAAUAGUUAUCGCCACCUUACUAGACCGAGAAAGUACCACCAGUUUUGUUUGCAAAAUGACAGUGACUUUUUUAAAGGAAGAUUUUCUUAAUAUCAGUUACAAAAUAUGUGAAGUCAUAGUCCAUUUGGAGUGCAUCAUGUGUAUUUACUCUAAUUUCUGACAGAAAAUGUAUGAUCGAUCAUUUCUCAUUAGAAUACAGCAGAGAGGAUCCACAAUCAUGGAUGGGAGUCUGUUUGUGCUGCUUCUGCUGUCAGGGCUUUUGAAGACCACUUCUGGUCUUUCUCGUCAGUACUACUAUAUAAAUGCAAGAAUGUCCUGGCCAGAGGCUCAGAGUUACUGUAGAGGAAAGCACACUGAUCUGGCUACUGUAGACAGCAUGGUUGAUGUAAGCAGGCUGAUAAAUGUAGUGGAUGCUGGAUACAGUGGAUCGGUGUGGAUUGGACUGAAGAACGGGACACAGAAACGCUGGGGUUGGUCUAAGGGAGAAGAUUCACUUCCAGAGUACAGUGCCUGGAAUGCAGGAGGACCAAGCAGUCAAAAUGAAUGUGGAUUUCUUGCCUAUGGGGUUUGGUAUACUCUUCAAUGCUCAUUUGGGAUUAACUUUGUGUGCUACAGUGAAAGCACUGGAUACAUAUGGGUACAGAUGCAGAUGAGCUGGAGAGAAGCUCAGGGCUACUGCAGACAGUAUUACACAGAUCUGCCCACCAUCCACAACUCUGAGGAACAGAAUCAGCUCAAGAGUAUUGUUUCAUGGUCGGCAUGGGUUUGGAUUGGUCUAUUCCAGGACUCUUGGGAAUGGUCUGAUAAAUGGAGCAACUUCUUCAGAUACUGGGCAGCAGGUCAACCAUCCCAGAGUUCAGGAUCUGGUGACUGUGUUGGCAUGUCAACAACCAAUUCUGGGAAAUGGAUUCAUGAAAGCUGUAACCUACAGCGUCCUUUUAUCUGCCAUGGAUGGCCCAAGUCUCCUUACCACACGUACCAGUAUAUGAAUGAAAGCAUGACCUGGCAAGACGCUCAGAGUUACUGCAGAGCGAGAUUCACUGAUCUGGCCACUGCUGACACCAUGAAUGAUGUGAGAAGGCUGGUAAAUACAGUGGAUCCUGGAUACAGUGGUUCAGUAUGGAUAGGUCUCCACACUGGGACAGAGUAUCGCUGGGUCUGGUCUAUGGGGGAAGGCACAAUCUCCAACUACAGUAUCUGGAAUCCAGGAGAACCAAAUGGUGAUGGCGAGUGUGUGAGAAGUUUUAAUGGAAGCUGGUACGAUGAGAGCUGCAGCACUGUUCUCCCAUUUGUGUGUUUCAAUGACAGCACUGGUUUUAUCAUUACUGAGACUGCUAUGACAUGGAGAGAUGCUCAGAGUUACUGCAGACAACACCACUCUGAUUUGGCGAGUAUCAGCAGCCCAGAGCAGCAGAAUCUGCUCAGUAAUGAAUCAUCACUCUGGAUUGGUCUGUUUCUGGACUCUUGGCAGUGGUCUGAUCAGAGGAAUCUCAGUUUCAGAUACUGGGACACAGAUCAACCACCCCAGAGUUCAGGAUCUGGUGUCUGUGUUGGCAUGUCAAGAAACAAUUCUGGGAAAUGGGCUCAAUACAGCUGUGAUCUACAGCAACCUUUUAUCUGCUAUGGAGCUGACAAGUUCAUUAAAAAACAGAUUGUACGGUUGAAGCUGUCCUGUAAUGGGAAAUGCGCAUUGAAUGAUCCUUCACAACAGACUGCCUUUCUAAAUCUGAUAAGUGAAAAGCUCAAGAGCAUGGGGCUGAAAAGUGACAAAAUGAGCUGGAUACAGAGCGAAGGUGAAGAGGUGUUUCAUCUGGAGAGCAAACGUACAGCGAAUUCAAAUAAUCAAUGUAGCAGGAAGUGAUCAAUGUAUUUCUUUAUAGUUACAGUAACUUUUAAAACAGAUUCAAAGAACUAGGAAGUAGUAGUAGUAGUAUCUGAACACCAGUAAUGGAUAAAUCGUCAUUGUAUAAUAUAUUUAUUAAAAUUGAUUGUGAAAAUGUUUCUUAAAGUUCCAUAUCAAUAACCACAUUAAUGAAUGUAGUGUUUUAG